UUUAGAGCUUAGGUACAAAAUUUUAAUUUUUCAGUUUUUGUAAUAAUUUGGAAUUUGAACGUACCAUCUGCUUUUUUAAUAAAAGUGCAAUAAUUGGAAUAUGUAACAUGGCUUAGUUAGAGUAUUCAUGUAUUAUAAAACUAAUCAAUAAUGAAGAAAAAUACAAGAGAUAAAUAAUAAUAGUGCUGUCUGGAAUUUCCCAUAAUAAUAUCCGAUUAACAACAAAUAAAGCUACACAGCCGUGUAUGUAUUCAAAAUGUUUUCGAAAAAUUUAACUACUAAAGACUCAUUUCUCGAGCAAAUGAAGGCUGCAAGAGAAGAACGCGCCUUAGAAAAGAAGCGCGAAGAAUCCGCUAUAAAAAUACAAUCUAUUGUUCGCGGAUGGCUAGCAAGACAAAGAUUUAUAAGUCUGAUCUUAGAAGAAUUUGAUAAUUUAUUACCAGACACCAACCAUGGAUCUCAAGAUGAAGGGCAAUCAGAAUUUGUUCAAGCACUGGAUGUUUACAAAGUAGCAUGUAGAUUAUUUUUAGUAUUUAAACAGAAAAGAGAUAGCAAAAGAUUUGAGAGACUAUGUAAAUAUAUUGUGCAUAGUCUCCAUUCUGAAUCAGUGAAGAUCUCAUAUGUAGGAGUUUUCUUGAACAAGGAUUACAGCCUUCGAUGGAUAGCCCAUAUAAAAGAUCUCUUAUUCAAAUGUUGCCAGUACCUUGAGCAGCUGAAGCCGGAGUAUCCUGCUGACAUGCAGAGCAUAUUGAUUCACUUGCAUACAUUAUUGGAAUUCACAGCAACUAACACCUGGGCUAUAACUAGAUUAAAGAACUUUGAUAAGCUAAGAGGAGGCUUGACUCAGCUGUGUGCUAAUGUUAUGGGAUCUCUAUUUCAUCGGGGAUACUAUUUGACAUUGAAGUCUCUACUUCUCAGGGGGCUAUGUCGAGAGAAGGUUAAUCUAAAGAACAUAUCACUGUCAGCAGUCAUAGCACUUGCUCUUCGGCCUCUAAUAUCAGCUCAGUUUUCUGAGAAGCUGCUUACUAUGUUCAUUAUACAGAUACUGUCGGUGCCUACAUUGGUUUAUCAAAUGAACCAGAUAUCCCCAGAGUCAAUAUCAACAUUCCGUACUCACGCAUUGUUUGACAAAUGCGUAGAGUUUCUGAGUGCGGAUCAAAAUAUGCGAAUUGUGUUCAACACGCUGGAGGGCAACUAUGCGCUGUGCUUGCUCGGGAACUUAGUGCAGCUGGCGUAUAUAGACCGUGACUACGCACAGACGGAUACCUUCUACCCUACCUUUGUGUUGGUGGUGACCAGAUUCCUAGAUAGUUGUCAACAGUAUGUUGUCUGUAAGAAAGGAAACCUCAGCAAUUGGCACCCAGUACUGGGUUGGUUUUCUCAAAGCUUCGAUGCAUACUUACCUCCGACUAUGACAAACUUACGAGUCCAGCUCUCGCUUCUGUGGGGUGUUCCGCUUUUGAAGAGAAUGUUAGGUGAUCCGUUAAAGGAAAUGUUGGAUGCCGGUGUGUGCGACGAUGCAGGACCCUCGCAGCCGUCGACUCCUGUACAAAUAAACAAUCCAGCUGCGUUUAUAUGGAGGGCUAUAGAGUCUAGAACUAAUAGAGCUAAUUCAAGCAAAAGCUACCGGAAGUUGGGUUCUGCUGAGAGUACGAAAAUAGCUCUGAUUUGUGCAAUGUACCACACUGCUCUACAGACUAUGACACAAGUAAAACUGGAUAUAUUAACAGGAUUGUGCAAUCAAGAUGAAAUCUUAUACUCAUUGUGGAGGUUCCUCUGUACUCUGGGGCCCAGCAGUGGUCUGAAGUCGUUCCUGGACCUCUUGGCUGUCAACACCAAGUCUUCUGCACCAGAGUUUCAAAUGCUCAUACUCUUCGCUGACUGUAUGACACAUUAUGUCACAAUAUUGGAUGAUAUGGAAAUGUACGAGAAACAAGAACCGUUCAAGUUAUCAGACUUUGUUAACAUGUCUGCCUUCCUCAACAUGUUUAUUUACAAAUCAAUUAUAGGACAACUGUUUGAUCUUAAGAACAUCCAGAGCAAUGAAGUGUUCCGGAGUGUACAUACUCUGUUGCUCGUACUGUACCGACGUGACUGUCGCCGCGCCUACACGCCCGCGGGACACUGGCUCGUGAGGGACAUCCGCGACUCACAUUUCAUGGCUGACCUCGAGAAGGGGAAGAAACCGCAGCAGGUUUUGGUGCAAAAGACUCCACAUAUGAUCGCUCACGGUGAACGAGUGAGAUUGUUUCGAAGAGCUGUGGCUGAUGAGAAGGUGGUGCUGGGGCUGACGGAGCGCGCGUGCGUGGGCCGCUCCACUCUGGUGACGGUGCGGCGCACGCGGCUGGUGGAGGACGGCUACCGCCAGCUGGCGGCGCUGCCCAGCCGCGCGCUGCGGGCCGUGGUGCGCGUGCGGUUCAUUAACGAGCAGGGGCUGGACGAGGCCGGCAUCGACCAGGACGGCGUCUUCAAGGAGUUCCUAGAAGAGACAAUAAAACGUGUGUUCGAUCCGUCGCUGAACCUGUUUCGAGUGACGAGUGAGGAGCGCCUCUACCCGUCCCCAACCUCUUGUCUGCACGAGAACCAUCUGCAGCUGUUCGAGUUUAUCGGCAGGAUGCUCGGGAAAGCUGUGUAUGAGGGCAUAGUGGUAGAUGUGCCGUUUGCGUCAUUCUUCCUGAGCCAGGUGCUGGGCCAGACGCAACAAGCGCUCUACAGCUGGAUCGACGAGCUGCCUUCACUCGACAAAGACCUGUACCGCUCUCUCACAUAUAUCAAACAUUUCCAGGGUGAUAUAUCUACUUUGGAGUUGACAUUCUCGGUAGACGAAGAGCGGCUCGGAGAAAUUGUAACUCAUGAGCUGGUUCCCGGCGGCAAGGCUAUACCAGUCACUAAUGAAAAUAAAAUAAACUACAUUCACCUCAUGGCGCACUUCCGAAUGCACACGCAGAUCAAAGAACAAACGAACGCCUUCAUCAAAGGAUUCAGGGCUAUUAUAAAUCCUGAGUGGCUCUCGCUGUUCUCUACACCGGAACUCCAACGUCUUAUAAGCGGCGACAACGUGCCGCUAGACCUGCGUGACUUGCGGCGCCACACGCAGUACUACGGCGGGUUCCACGACUCACAUCGCGUCGUGUGCUGGCUGUGGGACGUGCUGCAACGGGACUUCACGGAGAAUGAGCGUACCAUGUUCCUUAAGUUCGUGACUUCUUGCUCAAAACCACCAGUCUUGGGGUUUGCGCAUCUUAAGCCACCAUUCUCCAUACGCUGCGUGGAAGUGGCGGACGAUGAAGACACUGGCGACACCAUAGGCAGCGUGAUUCGAGGCUUCUUCACAAUCCGCAAGAAGGAUCCCCUGAAUCGUCUGCCCACUUCCUCCACCUGCUUCAAUCUGCUGAAGCUGCCCAACUAUCAGAAGAGGAGCACCCUGCGAGACAAAUUGCGCUACGCAGUGAACAGUAACACUGGCUUUGAGUUGUCUUAGUUUGUACAACCUAAUUAUUUGGCAAAAAUUAAAAUCAUCAUGUCAUCUAUAAAAGUGAAAGCGCCGAAAUUCAAUACCGUGCCUUUACACGACACGAUCAGUCCGCGAGGUAGAUCUCUCAAGACCGAUAAAAUAUUAAAUCGCAAAGGUUCACAAUAAUAUACUUUUGGGUAAUUCACCUUGUUAGUAUUAGAAACUUUAAACUUUUCCUGUGGGAACUUUGGGCUACUUUGCACAUGAUACCGGCUAGAUUUUUAGAUAGACAACGCCUUCUUCUGCGGUGUGUUUUUUUUUGUGAAGAGCGCCGUAGCUAGUGAAAUUACUGGGCAAAUGAUACUUAACAUCUUAAGUCUCAAUUGUGCUCGUCACGAGCGUAAUUGUAGUGCCGCUCAGAAUUUUUGGAUUUUUCAAUAAUCCUGAGCGGCUCUGCAUUGUAAUGAGCAGGACGUACGAGAAGCUGAACAUCCGCUGAACUUCCUGUUCGUCUUAUCCCUUAUUAUCAUAUCAAAAAGAAACUGUUAAAUUUUCGACACGAUAUUGUCGUAAUGUUCGAAUUAUUAUCCGAGUAUAAUGUGACAAAUUCUUGCGUGACAAUUUCCACACUCCCGGGAAUUGUGGACGGAUUUAUGCAUAGGUACGUCUUUAUAGGGGGUCAUAUUUGGUGAGGCUGCAAGUUUCUUGCAUUAAGUUAAAGCACUGGCCAUUAAGAUGCUUAGGUUCUCCGCAAUCUGUCCCCGCGUCCAAAUCCUCCCGAUCUGUAGAGGCGAUGUAAGAAUAUGUAGAGAACGUAUGUCUGUAAAAAUUGAUUCACUAAUAUUUAGAUAAAACACCAAAAACAAAGCAGAUUGUUAUCGUGUCGCGAUCAUACCGAAAUCUUGUCGUGCGUUGUAAAUAAAACACAUUGUUUAUCAUCAUAAUCGUUCAUCAUAUCUAUAAUUAUUCAUUCGUUAGCCACUGUGUGAUAUUUACAUUUUGAAUACACUUUUUAAAUAAAAAAGAUUUUACUUUACUAGUUUUAAAAUUUUCUUAAUACGAAUUAUUUCGAAUUACUCGUUUUAAUUUCGAUGCUUUUUGAGUGAGAUUAGUGGUUUAGAAGAAUAGUCCAAUAAAUUUUGUUUUUAAGUUUCCAAUUUGAACCACGUGAAUUCUGAUACCAUUUGUCACAUGAAGUAACAUAAUGAGCUGUUAAUGUAGUGACAAUAAGAAAAUCAAAAUAAUUAGGAUUAAUAAUAAUAAUUGACGCACUUUGUCGCGAUGAUCAUAUUCAUUUGUGCAAUCACUGGGAUUCGAAGCCAGACCACUAGCUCAGUAAUCUAUUUACAGCUGUCACCAAAGACGCACGCUGUCAGGGACCGAGAGAGUGGCAUUACCAAUAUAGCGCACUCGCUCGCUCACGGAUCUUAACGGAACGCAGUGAUGCGGUAUAUUUAUUAACUUUGGUAGAUUUAAACAUCAGAAAUAGAAAUAAGAUGAUAAAUAUAAUUGUAGGGUUUUCUUUUAAACGUUCUUAUAUAUACCUAGUAGCAUUGUAUGUCUCAAAUAUAUUUCUUGUUUUGGUUGCCCCAAU